AUGACAUUUGAUUUCUGUAGAAUCUGUAAAAGGAAUAAUUCUGAAGGUAAAAAACAUUUAUAUACAAAAUUACAUCAAGGGAAUUUACUCAAUAUAUUAAACAAAGAAAUUACGAAAUAUAAAAAGUACAGGAUUUUUUUAAAAGACAUUACUAUUGUUUAUGAUGUUAACAAGCAACCUGAUUUUUGGUGUUUUUUUUGUGAAGUGAACGUAGAAAUAACUUUUAAAAAUGUUGACGAAAAACAAAUUAUUUGUGAACACAUAUUUGAACAUAUAGUAACAAAAAAUCAUCAUGAUAAUGUUAUCAAGUAUUUUAAAGAUCAAAAAGCAGAUUGUAAAUUAAUUAAUAAUUUUAUACUGAAAAAAGAUGAAAUUGACAAGUUUCGAAGGAGAUCAAAAGAGUUACAAAAGAAAAAUCAGUUAAAAAAGGAAGAAAGGGAAUUAAAAUCCAAUGUAAAUCAAGAAUCCAAUAAUAUUAGCGUAAAUUUACCAAGUAGCUUUGAAAACCUUGCGGCAUCUCGCCCUGAAAAUCAGUCUCUUUCUAUGUCAAAUAUUCAAGAUUUACCGAUUUCUAUUUUGGAUAAAAAUGAUAAAAUGGAAAUAAAAUUUGAAAAUUUUAAUAAUAAUAAUUCAACAGUUAAACCAAUAAUUAAUAACAAAUUAAAUAUUAAUGAAGAAAAAAAAAAAAAGAGAGAUCUCCCGCCUCUUAAACCUGGUGAAGGAAAUGUGUUUGAAGAAGGAUCUGUCCCACCUUGGUUACAAGAUGAUGAUGAUAUGAAGUUUAGUGGUAACACAAAUAAAACUGAAAUAGGACCAUCAUUAGAUGCAUUCUUAGCAGCCAAAAAGCUUGAAAAGAAGAAAAAACUAAAUCCAAAUAGAGUUGGUGCUAAUUUUGAUAGAGAAAGUGCUGUGGGGAAGGAUUGGGUGCCAAAUUUCGGUAGAGUUUGGAAUAAUGGUACUAGAAAUCGAUCUCAAAAGCAAUAUAAAAAAGAAAUGAAAUCUAUUGAAAAAACAGGAAAGAAACAAAAAUAA